AUGAGUGACAUUCAUCUUGACAACUCUGGGGCUGGCCCGCUACAGGUCCCCGGAUUUGGGGAUGUACCUCUUGAUUAUGAGUUGAAAAUUGGACAGAGCUUUGCACAUGGAGCUCUUCCAAAUUUCCCGUACUUAGAGGGUCGAGCCACUCGUUUGACUUUACCCGAAGUCUUUAUGCUUCGUUUGAUGGAACGAGUGACGGAAAUACCAAAUUGGGAAGAGGACAUCUUCGACAACGAUGUCGUUGCCCAGUGGCAUGCAGAUCUCUUGUCCGAUUCCAAGUUCAGCGGACAGUGGGACCCGGCAUACUGUGAUGAAGGUGUGGACAUGGAUCUAGUCUCUCUGACAACAUGGAACUGGUGUGUUGCGGAGUUGCGAGACAAGGCGAUGGAUUUUGUAGUACGCCGCUAUAUCCUUACUCUCAAUUCCGAUUCCGGAGUCUGCAAAUCGGAUGUGUUUGUUGGGAAGUCGCUGCAUCAUGAAUUCCUGUAA